AUGUCUAACAUAUCACACGACGAAUUUAUUAUCGAAUUGUUAAACAACAUUACAGUUCAAUCCAAUCGUUCUCUGGCAAUUUUGAUUUUUCUGUUUGGUAUGGUGGGCAAUAUUCUCAAUAUUCUUGUUCUCUCCCAACGAUCAUUUCGUUCUAAUUCAUGUGCUUGGCUUUUUUUGGUGUUGUCCAUUGUUAAUCUCGUCUCUCUCAUGUCUGGUCUUAUCACAAUAAUGAUCGGUGGUUGGACGACCAAUCCAACCAAUUAUAUUGGAGUGGUUUGCAAACUUCGCGCUUUUCUUGUCUUCUCAACAAGAACAAUCGCUACGUGGUUAAUGGUAUUAGCCACCACUGAUCGAUGGCUAUUAUCAAGUAUGGAUGCUCAUCGUCGACAACAAAGCUCACUGAAGAAUGCCAAACUUUGGACAGCAAUUAUUGUCAUUCUUUCAGUUGCUCUCUAUGCUCAACAAUUGUACUGUUAUGAAGCCAAUCUGAUCGAUACUCCUCUGAAAUGUUAUGGUAAAACGAUUGUAUGCCGUUAUCUCACUGAUCUAUCACUUGCUAUAGUUACAGUAUCAAUUCCUAUAUUUCUCAUGUUUGUAUUUGGUUUAUUAGUUAUUUCAAACGUACGUCAAUCUCAACGUCGUAUUCGAACAUUACAAUUAGGGAGUGUUGGAGCUACUACGAAUAGGCCGGUGGCAUCAAAUAGUGAAAAUUCAGCGGGAAAAUUCAGACAGAAAACAGAACAUAGCCUUCUUCGAAUGCUUUUUGCUCAAGUUAUUCUCAUUGGCAUUUUCACUCUUCCGUUGUGUCUUGACAAAUUUUAUUCAUCAUUCUCUGGUGAUGAUGGAUCUCCGGUGGUAUUAGCCGUUAAUGCCUUCGUAUAUGAUUUAUCCAUUUUGGUAUACGAUAUAUCAAAUGGUAUAACAUUUUAUGUUUACACAUUGUGCGGCGGAACUGUGUUUCGAAAAGCAUUGUAUGACUUUAUUAUGUCGAUGAAACUUAAAAUGAGAUGUCACUAG